AUGAACCCUCUUCAGAUUUCUGCGGCGAGGCUUCUCGCUGCCCGCCAGGACGCUGGCUCCGAUGCCACCGAUGCUACCACCAACGCCUGCGGCGCUGCUGCCGUUGACGUGAGCAACAUGCCGCUGCGCAUCGCCUCCAUCUUCAUCAUCCUCGUCGCCUCGCUUCUCGGCGGUUUCCUGCCCAUCUUCCUUGCCAGGACUACCAGGAUGCACGUCCCCAAGAUGACCUUCUUCAUCUUCAAGUAUGUCGGUACGGGUGUCAUCAUCGCCACUGCCUGGAUGCACCUGCUCGCCCCCGGUGUCGAGGCUCUUCACAACGAGUGCUUGGCUCCCAGGCUCGGAGACUACGACUGGGCUUUUGCCAUCGGCCUGAUGACCGUCAUGGUCAUGUUCCUCAUCGAGAUGGUUGCCUCCAACAUGACCAACGGCAGCGCCUUCUCCCACAGCCACGACCACGAGAUGAACGGCACUGGCGCUGUCGCUGUCAAAUCCAAGGACCAGGCCACCGACGGUAGCGCUAGCGAGGUUUGCCCCCACGACAAUGGCGACGCAGAGAGAGGCAACGGCUUCGUCGACCCCAGAAAGGUGCCCGGACUUCCGGACGACGUCAGCUACCCUCCCGGCGGACGCGAUCACCUCGGCCACGCCCGCGACCACGUCGAGGGAGAUAGUCACUCCGGUCUCACUGGUCAGCUCACGGCUAUCUUCAUCCUGGAGUUCGGUGUUGUGUUCCACUCCAUUUUCAUCGGUCUCGUCCUCGCCACCAGCGAUGAACUCGUCGUCCUUCUCAUCGUCUUGACCUUCCACCAGUUCUUCGAGGGCCUCGGUCUUGGCUCCCGUCUCGCUGUCGCUCAAUGGCCCUCGCACGGAAAGUGGUGGCCGCACAUCCUCGCCUGCUUGUACGGACUCUCGACCCCCGUCGCCAUCGCCGUCGGUCUUGCCGCCAGGCCCAGCAGCGCCGAGACGCAAACUCUCGUUAAUGGCAUCUUCGACUCUAUCAGCGCCGGAAUCCUCAUGUACACGGGUCUCGUCGAGCUGCUGGCGCACGAGUUUAUGUUCAACCCCCAGAUGCGCAACUCUCCGCUCAAGAUCCAGCUCUUUGCUUUCGGCUGCGUUGCCCUCGGCGCCUGCGUGAUGGCUGUCCUGGCCAACUGGGCCUAG